AUGUUCGCACCCGUGAAUCGUGAGGUCUUGACAGGGGCAGUUUUCAAUUUGGUGAACGGGGACCAGCACGAGGUUGAACGCGAAUCACAUUUUUUGCAUUUCUUGUGCUCUUGGACCUUCGGAUGUAGCGGCCGUUUGCCUUUAGCGCGCUCCGUGAUUCUGGGGCUCAUGUUGGCUGCCCUUGUACAGGGCCUCGCGCGAGUGCUGGGCGAUGGCAUCAAGAAGGCCAUGCGCGAGCGGCAAAACACCGAGUUGCGCAUCGCGAUGUUCGAACAUUUGUUGUCACAAGACCAGGCGUUGUAUGACACCCUGCGACAACGAGAUCUGGUGCAGAAGGUGGAACUUCGCGCAAUGAGCGAGGUCACUGAAUGGGUUUGGGGCGUUGCGGCAGACACGGUGAAAUUGGCGACGCAACUGGUUUUCCUCUUCGCCAUUUCACCGUUGAUGACGCUCGCCUACACUGUGCUGUUGCCCCUCAUGGAGCAAUCAAUUCGAAGGUAUUUCGGACAAAGUUUCCGAGCACAGACACGUCGCGAAAACGGCUUGCAGAGUAUGUCGUCCAGUGUGGUCCAUGAGGCCGUGUACAUGAUCAGGACCGUGAAAUGUUUUAGUCGCGAGGACAAACACGUGGCCUUGGUUUCCCUGGCAGCCAGCGGCAUGGCCAAGGCAGAUCAGCCGGAAAAUCUCAAGUGGAAGCGCAGCGUGAAACACGGUAUUGGGCAACUACUGCCCGAGAUCACUCAGCGAUGCGUGUACUGCUUUUGCCUUUGGUGUGGCCUCGUCUGGAUGGAGCGUGACUUCUCUGCAGGUGACAUGACGGCCUACUUGCUGCUGGUGCAACAGGUUGGAGGACUCGUGCAGAGAGUCCGUCACCAGUUCCAGGAACUGCAACGACGUCAUGACAUGCUGCUGGACCAUUUCGAGUUUAUGGACCGUUCUCCUUCGGUGCUUUCGGGCGACCACGACGCACAGGUGGAAGGAGAUGUGGAGUUUCAAGAUGUUGAGUUCGCGUACCCUGCGCGGCCAGAUGUGCAAGUACUGAGGGGCGUCAGCUUCACCAUGGAGAAGGGACAGAUGACGGCCUUAGUGGGAGCUUCCGGCAGUGGCAAAUCCACCAUUGCGGCACUGCUCUUUCGGCACUACGACCCUUCCGUCGGAGAGGUCUUGGUGGAUGGCAAGCCGCUCUGCGAUUGGGACACGUGCGCUUUGCAUUCGCAGAUGGCUUUGGUCGCCCAACAGCCACUCCUCUUUGACACCAGCAUUCGCAACAAUUUGACCUAUGGAUGCAGAAGGGAAGUGGAAGACGAAGAAAUUGAGGCUCGCGCCUUGAUGAAUGGAUGGUGGGUAGGCGACCAAUUGAUCUGGAUUUGCCUUGGUCAGUGA